AUGCUUCUGCACCUGCCAGGCGAGCUCAGAAACCAGGUCUACGAGUGCGUUGCGUACGGAUCGAUGGAGGCAGUGAUGUUGGAGCCAGGUUUUGCUAAAAUAACUCUGCCACCUUUGAGCCUGGUCUGUAGGCAGGUCUACCACGAAUUCGGCACUCUCUAUUCAGCUAUACCACUGAGCUAUGCCACGAACAUCAUUGUAUACAAUGAUGAUUUCAACAUCUGGUCUUUGCUACACACUAUCCGAAGCAUACCCUCGCCUGCUCCGAAUGUGGAAUGCAGCACUGUCCUCCGAAUCGGACUCACAAACAGCUUAGAACUCGUCAACGUCAAAGCCUUUAUCACGGAGCUCGCCAGGUCACAGCUGCAGAUGCCACUCGACCAAGCGUCAAAGCUACGAUACUGCUUCAGCUUCGACCUGGAGACUUUUGAUUUGCAUACAUGGAGACUUCACUUUGCUCGUCUGGCCAAGCAAUAUCGCUUCCAUCGCAGCGAUUCAGAGCAGCGAGUCUUCGAGAGUAUCUAUUGGGAGUUUGCGCGAAAGGCCGAGAAAGUCGAUGGUGUCAGUGUGAAGCAAUACGCGAUGGGAUACUGGAACCCCGGCGCGAGGCUUUGCUUUGUGUAA